UAUCGUUCAGCAAGAUGUUCGGAGGCUUCGGACAGAAUAACCAGCAAAGCUCCGGCUUUGGAGCAGGCUCUGGCUUCGGUGGCACGAGUACUGGUGGAGGUAGGUGUCUUCGUUCGGUUGCGACCCCGUCCUCGUUCUUCCGGAUUAUUCCUUGUUCCCUUGGGACUCUCCGGUGUAAAAUGAUCGGUACUUGCUGGUGCUCUUGACGUCGACCCGCGACCGUCCCCUUUCGACUCUGGACCACCAACAACCUGCGGAGGGCUUCGACGCUUGGCAAACAGCAGCACUGCAAGAGAAGGGAUCGCAGCUUCAAUACAG